AUUAUCAUAGAUUUAAAAAAUUUAUUGAGUGAAGAAAAUAUUUCUGAUUCAACAAUAUAUGAUAGUUCUGAUGAAGAUGUUCAAGAAAUUAUUCCAGAUAAUGAUUCAUUUGAAAUAUUCGAAGAUUUUUAA